GGGGGGGGAGCGCCUCGUGACCGCGCGGCGAAGUUUGGACGCCCCCGGCCGCCGUCGGGCCCCGUCUAGACGCUCGGGUUGGGACUCUGAGCUGAACGCUGGGACCUGCCAUGGCCCAGCGGGGACUGUGGCUCCUCAGCCACGACCCGGCCACCUCGCGGGGCGGCUCCGUGAGGUUCUCCAGAAGGUACCCGACUGUCGAAAAGCGAGCCCGAGGCUUCAACGGAGCGGGCUACCUGCCCUUACCCGACGACGGCCCCUUCCUCCAAGCCCUGCUUUUGGAGCUCCGCCUGACGGGCGACGAGGAGGACUACGUGGAGCGGCGAGACGGCUGCUCCCGAAUCAACAAGACCUCGGUUUACGGGCUUCCCGUCGGAGAAGGGGAACUCUGGCCCGUUGUGGCUUUUCAGAAGAACGGUCUGAUCUACGCUUCCGUGCCGCUGGUCGAGGGACCCCUGACCCCACGGCCCCCUCUCAUCGGCGUCAGCGGCGUCUCCCAAGCCUUCGCUCUCCUCUUCGGGAUGCUGGAUUUCCUGAAUUCCAGCCCGAGGAACGAAGCCGAGCUGACUGCGAAAGUGGGGCAGUUGCCCUCUUUACUCAUGCAGGCUUGUCCCUUUGGCGUUUUGCUAGACGACAACCUGGCGGGUCUGCUCGAGGGCCCCGGCGUGGUUCCGGUCAAUCCCCCCCAAAGGCAGCCGGCGUGGAAAGCCAGCUUAUACAGAGGAAAAGCCCAGGUUACGAUCGGCAUUACCGAAAAAGUCAAAUCCAUGCAGUAUGACAAGCGAGAUGUAGCCGACAUCUGGCAGGUCUACGGAACCGUGACUUGUAAGUGCGACCUGGAAGGCGUCAUGCCGGCUGUGACCGUCAGCUUGAAUCUGCCCAGCAAUGGUUCUCCCCUCCAGGACAUCCUGGUCCACCCGUGUGUGACCUCCCUGGACUCGGCCAUCCUGACCUCCUGCAGCGUCGACGCGGGGGACGAUUCCGCCUUCGGCGGGCCUUACAAAUUUCCAUUCACUCCUCCUCUCGACCCCUUCCAUCUUUGCCACUAUACAUCUCAGGUGCCUGUCCCCCCAAUUCUGGGAUUUUACCAACUGAAGGAGGAAGAAGGGCAGCUAAAACUAUCAGUACACUUGAAACUCCACGAGAGUGUAAAAAACGGCUUUGAAUACUGCGAAGCUCGCAUUCCUUUUUAUAACAGGGGACCGAUCACACACCUGGAGUACAAGGUUAGCUCCGGCCAGCUAGACCUAUCUCGAGAGAAAAGUUCGCUGAUCUGGAUCCUCGGUCAAAAGUUCCCCAAGUCGUUGGAGGUUUCUCUGACGGGAACUGUGGCUUUUGGUGCCGCAAGCCAACGGCAGCAGCCCAUCGACCCCAUCUGCAUCGGGGAAACCGCACACGUAAAACUCUAUUUCCGAAUCCCAGACUACACACUCACUGGGUGUUAUGCGGACCAGCAUUCCGUCCAAGUCUUUUCUCCGGGAAAACCCAAAAUCAGUACAUCCCGGGAACUGAUAUCCUCUGAUUACUACAUCUGGAAUUCCAAAGCCUCCGCCCCAGUAGUUUACAGAUCAUUAUUUUUGUAAUCGUCUCCAGCUGACAGAAAUGAGGCAUAAACAAUGUAGUAAAAAUAAAAAUCAAUCAUCUUUUAUCGCUGCUUCUAAUGUGUAUGCGCGUGUCCUAUCUGUGACAAUCAUUAAUUGAUUAAAUUUUUUCAAGAUCUUGUUUAGAA